AUGCCGCCUUUGAGAAUCCUGAUAAUUGGGGCCGGCGUAGCUGGUCCCUCCCUGGCUUUUUGGUUGGCGCGUUGCGGCCAUCGCAUCACCAUCACCGAACGUUCGCCUAACCUCCGUGCUUCUGGGGCGCAGAUUGACCUUCGGGCACAAGGCAUCACCGUGGCACGAAUGAUGGGAUUGAUGCCAUAUAUUCAACGUCAUCUUGUGGACGAGGCAGGCGUUGCAUACCUCGACUCCCGAGGCAGAGUUAUUGGAACAAUCAUGGCUAAUCGCUCAGGACGAGGUGCCCAGAGUCUAACUAGUGAAUACGAAAUCAUGAGAGGCGACUUGGUUAACGUCCUAUAUGAUGCCACAAAGAAUCUCGAUGGUAUUGAUUAUGAAUUUGGGAAGACUGUCGAGAGAUUCGUGCAAGAAGGAGACGGAGUCAAGGUCUGGUACGACGACAAAACCACCGAGAAGUUCGAUGUUCUAGUUGGAGCAGAUGGACAGGGAAGCAGAACACGCAAGUCCAUGCAGAAAAACUCAAACAAUGAAGAUUCAGUAAGAAGAUUAGGUGUCUACUUGGCUUAUUGGAAUAUCUCAAGGACGAAGACCGACAGCAACAUACGGCAGAUGUACAUAGCACCAAGCCGUUGGAUCUUUUGCCGAAGCCAUAGCGAAACAGAUACGCAGGCGUAUUUCUUCUUCCGAGACGACUCUGACGAGGCAAAGAGUAUGACUAGAGCCCCAGAGGAAGAGCAGAAGCAGUUCUGGACCAAGAAUUUCCAAGGCUUGGGAUGGCAGACGGAAAGAUUUAUCGAUGGCAUGAAAACCACAUCAGACUUCUACUGUCAGGAAGCCGCACAAAUCAAGACGAAUACAUGGUCGCAAGGUCGCGUGGUACUUCUUGGCGAUGCGGCGCAUUGCGCGUCCCCACUGACUGGGAUGGGGACAACCGGCGCGUUUGUUGGUGCUUACGUGCUCGCUGGCGAGAUUACUCGUCACAGUCAAAACCUGGACUUGGCUUUCGCCAACUACGACAGAAUCCUUCGCCCGUUUGUUGAUGAAAUUCAAAAGUUGAAGCCCCUCCAGAUCAACAUCGGGUUCCCAACAACGCAACUAGGCGUAUCAUUGUUACACGCCUUUGUACGAUUGAUAUGUUGGCUCCGCUUGCCAUAUAUCAUCGCAAGGUUGUUCAGCGAGGUCAAAGGUGGUUGGGAACUUCCUGUCUACGCUGAGCUGAUCUCAAAAUGA